AUGGUUCCGGCUCUCGUUCCGGCCCACGCAGCCAUGGUCACGGCUCCAGUUUCGGCUCCAGUACUGGCUCUUCGGACAACGCCCCCGUAUCCUGUCGGCCAACUCCAGGUCCCCCGUCUCCUGUCGGCCGAAUCAAGUCCCUUCUCAAGUCCCUUCUCAAGUCCCCUCUCCGUCGGUGCUCCCGCCGACUCAUGUCCCUUCUUCAACGGGGGUUCCGCCUUCUCAAGUCCCGACUCAGGUCCCGAUUCAUGUCCCUUUUCCAUUGGCGGUCCAGCCGACACCUGUUUCGUCGGGGGUCCUGCCAACUCCAUGUCCUGUUUCGUUGGGGGUUCUGCUGCCAACAGCGACCCUUUAGCGACAACUGUGGAGGUGCGUGUCGAGAAAACAACCCGUGUUUUGCCGGGUCACCGCGGGCGGGAGGUGGGGGACGUUCCAGCUGGGAACAUCCACCCCGCUGCGGGACCCGUGGGACCCCUGAGUCAGACGGUGCGUCUUGGUCACGCUUCAUAUCGGCUGGCCCGGGAAGGAAGAGACACGCAGAGUGGGGGAAGUCCCCCACCCCAACGCAGCACACCCUCCUGGCCAUCAGAGUCGAACCCGCAGUUCGGAGGAACCGACCGCCAGAGCACCGGCACUAGGCCGGGCCGGUGGGUCGCGUUUGCCAUUCGAUCAGAGAAAGCAGAGAAAGUGACAAAGCGAGAGUCUGCUCUGCAGGAUGUUGAGAGCAGCACCAAACAGCUCCGAGAACUCCUGCAGCAGAACACCAUCACCGGAGCGACGCUACAGCCCAGCGACGACAUGAAGGCCCUGUAUGAGCGCUGCGACCGGCUGAGGCCCAGCUUGUUCCGCCUGGCCAGCGAAACGAUGGACGAGGACGUAGCUCUGCUGCAGAUCCUGGCGGCUAACGACGAGCUAACACUUGUAGUAAACGAUUACAAAAACAAAGUGGGGAAGAGAGAGUGUAACGGCAGAAGAGAAAGAAGCAGAAGUGAGGACGAAGUGGAGCGGAAUAAUAAUGCUCCAAAGAGUCCCAGAGAGAUUAAAAGCUACCACCUCAUCGACCUGUCAGCACUGGACUCUCCACAGACGCACAGAAAAGCUGAUUCACUGCCAUCUUUUGAAUCAUCUUCUCCCAUGUGUCCCUCUUUCCUGGAAAGUAGCUUUAACUCAGACGCUGACCAGGACUUCAAUGAGCCAGAGUUAAAAAAUAAUCGCGUCUCAAAACAAGAGACUUCACGGUCGUACUCUGAAGAUCUGCUGCAGCUAAACGGAGAGUUUCAGAUGAAUCACGCUGAGCAGAACGGAGGCAGAGGCGUCGUUCUGAGAGCCCGUGGAUGUGGGGGCAGCAGCGCGACAUCGAAUGGGACGAAUAUCUGGUCGCUCCCUCAGCAUCAACAGUUCACAGAGUCAGGAUCACUGUCCGAAAAUCAGAAACAACUCAGCGAAAUGUCGGGAUGUCCAGAAAAAAAGGAGAGCUUGUUGACACCGCGACUAUUAAAAAACAUCUUUGUUCCCGUUCACACCAUCAAACCCAGUAAUCUUGAGCCGAUCACUGUGUAUGAUCAUGGCGGCGUCCACGUUUCUCUACAUUUUGCCAGAGACUCUCCUCUGGGUUAUCCUGGUGUCGCCGUGGUCGUCUCCUCCACCGUGAACACAUCUGCCCUCCAAGUUAAAGACUUCCUGUUUCAAGCUGCUGUUCCAAAGGUAGAAAACAUAAUCUCUUAAAAAAAGGAAAUACAA